AUGAGCUUGUUUGCGGAGUUGGUGGAGGAAGGGGAGGAUGCGGAAGGACUGGUUCUUGGACAAGAGGUGACGCUGCAGGAUCUGGAAGAGGCCUUGGCCGAGCUCGCAGCCCAGAACGAGCAGCUCGAAGUGGAUUGCCGCGGUCUGGAGGCUCACUGUCGUGACUUGGAGCGUGCAGGCUGGCCAGUGCCAUGCAAGUUGGAAGAUGUGAUCCUGGCAUCGGAGACAGCUGUCGAAGAGGUGCCUGAACCUCCAACGGUACUCUCGGAUCACGUGUCGGUCGUUGUGGCAGCAGAGGCUGCUGCCAAAGCUGCUUUGGAAGCUGACAAAUCCCCGGAAGACGCCGCGGCACAAAUUGGAACAGCGCUGGCGAGCGAGUCAGGAAUGGAACAGUGUCGAUUUGAGGAGCUGGCGUCGCCAGUGAUUAGUCGCACAGUGUCGGGCUUGUUUUGUGAUGUUGCUGGAGAUGCACCGUCAAUGGCAGCCCAAGCAGCGGCCAAAGCAGCCAUCACUGCUGGAUUGAAUGCUGAAGCUGCUGCUGUUGCCGGGUUCGUUGCUGCAGGAAUGGUCGCGGGAAAGCGUGCCCUACAAGACGGAGGGGAUCUGAGCAGGUCAGCUGAUCUGGGGUCGAAGACGGCCUUGGAACUUGCCACAGCUGGAGGUCUUUCCGAAGAAGCUGCUACCCGAGUCGCGGCGCAGACAGCCAGUGAGAUUGCCAGUGAUGCGUCCCGCACUGCUGGCAAGAUUUUUGAAAGGGUGGUCGAAGAUGCUGCUGAAGCAGCCAAAAGUGCGGCCGGGUCAGCUUCAUCCAGUUUGUCGACACGCCUUGGUGUAGAGGCAGCUGGGCGAGCAGCGGCGAACACCGUUGCAUUGCAAGCGCCCGCACUAGACGCCGCCCAGAUUGCGAGGCAUGCCAGCAGUGCAGUCGCGGCCAUUACUCGCGAGGCCAUCCCUGGCGCAGAGGAUGAGGUGGUCGCAGAGGUGAACAGAGCCGCUGCCCGCGUCGUAGAGGAAGCAAUCGCCGCGGUCAUCGUAAAGGCGGAGAGCAAAGCACCUCACGUCGCAGAAUCACCGCAAUCACCGCAAUCACCGCAACAGACAAAUGCAUCAGAUCAAGACGACAGGGUGAAGGAGUUGCUCAAGGCGCGUGAGAAGUCCUUCGCAGCCAUGGCCGACAUGCAGGAACGCUGCGCUGGCCAGCAGACGGAAAUGGAGCGAUUGGUGCGGGAACGUGCGGGUGAUCAAGAGGAGCUGCUGAAGCUUCGUCAACAGCUUCGGGGCCUGGAACAGCAACUGCAAGAAGCUGAAGCCCGGGAGCAACUGCAGGAAGAGAAUCGGAUGGACAGUUUGAGCGCCACGACGGGCGAUGACACGUCAUCUCUGGCAGACAGCUUGGCGGGGAGUGUGCGCAGAAUGCGCAAGAAGAGAAAUGCACGUGCAGGGCAAGCCUUUCGACAAGCAAAGUGCUUGGACGAAGGCAUCGACAUAGGCACAACGGAGGCAGAUGUUGAUCCAGAAGAAAGGCUGAUUCGCACUUUGGUUGCCAAGUCGCACGCAUCGCCGCUCUGGCGAGACUUGCUCAUCUUCAUCCUGGAGAAAUCGGGACAUGCAACUUUAAGCCCCACGUCGUCUGACGCGGAUGUAAAGAAGGAGCUGCAGCUCAUGGCUUACCAAGUGAAGGAAAGGUUGGGCUCGCUCCAGGCCCCAGUGCAGUCACAGGAGGGCAUGCUGGAAACCAUGCUCAAGACGGUCGGGAAAGUCACUGACCAGGCUGUGGAUUCUGCCGUCUUGUAUGUGACCCAGGAUACACCCAAAGCAGCUCAAGAUCCAGAGGUUCUCGUGCAGGCCUUCACCCGCGAGCAAACCCCGAGCCAAGAUCCCGCACAGGCAGGUGCCGACGCAUUCAAGCAGAACGCUCGACUGAGACUCGCAGCACGCCGAAAUCGCCAAAGGGGCAGCGUAUUGAGUGUUGCCGCCUCUGUCUCCUCAAAGCCUGGUGGCUAA